AUGUUGGCAGUUUUUGAUUUUGAUCACACUAUAGUCAAAGAUAAUUCUGAUAUAGUUGCUCGCAAUAUGAUAAAACCUUCCAAUCUUAUUCCGGAUCACAAAAAUUAUUUAAAUGAUUGGACUCAAUAUAUGCAACAAGUGUUUGACACCAUGAAAAAUAUCAAUAUUCCAUCAAAACAAAUUAUAGAUGCAGUUUCAGUAAUGAGUCCCAACAAAGGAAUGCCUAGGUUAAUGAGAGCACUUAAUGACAAUAAUAUUGAUAUCAUAGUAGCAUCAGAUUCAAAUUCACUUUUCAUUCAUAACUGGUUUGAACGUAACAAAUUAUCGGAUGUUCUUUCAUAUGUUUAUACAAAUUCAGCAAAGAUUGAAGAAGGCCACAUUACAAUCAAACCAUAUGAAUCACAAACAUUAUGUGAUUGGUGCACAAAGAACAUGUGUAAAGGAGCUAUUAUAAAAGAACAUAUCUUGAGUACAAACAAAAUCUACAAUAAAUUAUUUUAUUUUGGUGAUGGUAAAAAUGACCUGUGUCCGGUUCUAAAGUUAAAUCAAAAUGAUAUUGCAUUUCCAAGGUCAGGCUUUGUUUUGGAUAAUUUACUGAAAUCUCAUAAAACUAAAGCCACAAUAAUACCAUGGUGUACAGGUGAUGAUAUUUAUGAGUAUUUAAAGUCUUCCAAGUUGAUUUAA